ACCUCUAAAAAGAAAAGUAUAGAAAUGGUGUGAAUAUCCAAAACACACAACAACAACAAAAAAAAAAAAAAACAAUCUUACAAAAAAACAAGAAAUACAGUUAACUUUUCCGUUGAGUUGCAGGCUGAUAGUAACCGUCGAUGGAGGCUAAAAUCGGAAGCAUCUUUGAAUCCCUCGGAAACUUCUUUACCGGCGGCGAUCAGAUCCCUUGGUGUGAUCGUGAUGUCAUCUCUGGCUGUGAAAGAGAAGUUGGAGAGGCUUCUAAUGGUGACUCUGAUGAGCGGAAGAAUGAGAGCAUAAUGAGGUUGUCUUGGGCACUUGUUCAUUCAAGGCAACAAGAAGAUAUUCACCGUGGGAUCGCCAUGCUUGAAACUUCUUUGGGCAAUGAUAGAAGUCCUUUGCAUCAAAGAGAGAAGCUUUAUCUUCUUGCUGUUGGGUACUACAGGGCUACUGAUUAUCCUAGGAGUCGGCAGCUUCUGGAGCAAUGUUUGGAGAUUGCACCUGAUUGGAGGCAGGCACUGUCCCUCAAGAAAACAGUCGAAGAACGAAUUGCAAAGGAUGGUGUAAUAGGAAUUGGCAUCACUGCAACAGCUGCGGGGCUUUUAGUUGGUGUCAUUGCUGCAGCAUUGGCCCGAAAGAAUUGAAUCUAUACAUGCUUGGAUAAUUGGUCUUUGCUUAUUUUACUUUGAUCAGUAAACAUUUUGAUGUCAACAGGAAAUGAUCCUUAUUUGACAACUGCAGUUUUUAAUAUUUUUUUAUUUGUUAGGAGAGUUUUUACCGCACAUACAUAAGUGAAAAUACUUUAUUUUUCCCGUAUGUAAAAAAACAAAUGUGAGAAUGCUUGUUUAUUAUGAGAAAUGAUAAUAUUUAAUAAUAGCCAUUAAACUAAAAUUAUCUGUUCA